ACCGUCCUGGCUAUUUCAUCGAAAAAUGUGUCUUCCGCUAUAUUUAAGUGCGACUACACGCACUGUUUUUCCAAGCUUUUGUCUCUAGGGAAUCACGUUGAUCGUGUCGCGCGAACGUUUUUCGUUAUAUCGAGAAAUUCCAUGGACCCGUGAUCGACUAAACGGAAACCGCAUCGUUAAUUCUCCGCCGCAGAUGGUCAUCGUGGCGAACUACUCAUCCGAUUUCCAUUGAUUGUAUUUAUAGUGUCUCUCCAGUUUAUUUUUGCAUGCGGUUCCUUUGAGAAAAUGCACCUAUCCGCUGGCUGACAGCGUUCUUACAUCUGUGGUGGUUUGUCUUCUUGUACGGUGAGGGACGUGGAUCUGCCUAGCUGUUGCUGAUAUUCGAGAGAGAAACGUGCGUUAAAAAGCUGAAUAAGACAUGGAGUCUGCUAUAACUGGACGCAGACGGACAACGGCACGACAUUCGGCAGAGGAUCAGGCUCUCGAUCAGAUUGCUAAGGAGGCAGAAGCUAGAUUAGCUGCUAGAAGACAAGCAAGGGCGGAAGCAAGAGAAAUACGAAUGCGCGAAUUAGAGAGACAACAGAAAGAAGCGGAGGAGAAUGCAGAUAGGGUUUAUGAUAUGUGUGCAGCCGACGUGAAUAGAACGAUGAGAGUGACUCCUGAUUCUGUGAGGACGUCGCGCCUCCUUACAAAUUCUAAUAAUUUUCAAUCCAGUCGUAGAUCCUCUGAAGAUUCCUUGGAAGACGCUGGCCUAAGCAGAGAUCUCAGGUUAGAGUUGAAGGAAUUUGAGGAGAAGUUUAGAAAAGCAAUGAUAGCGAAUGCUCAGUUAGACAAUGAAAAGUCUUCUUAUGCUUAUCAAGUUGAUCUACUAAAAGAUAAAUUAGAGGAAUUAGAAGAAACAGUGGCACAACUUCGCAGAGAACUAAGGGAGAAAAAUCGGGAAUCUGAACAAUUGAAGAGAGUCAGUCAAAGAUUGAAAGACGAAUUAGAUAUAUGUCAUGCACAAUUAGUAGAAAGAGAUACGCUUAUACAAGAAAAUGGUUUAGUUAUUAUUGAUGAUGAAGAAAGUGAAAAUGAAGAUAAUGAUAUUGAAAACGGACCACGUCCAAGACGAAGAGUACUAGUCAGUACAGAAGCAGCAGAAUUAUUGCAAAAUGCUGGAAAGGGUUCGUUAGACGUACGGCUGCGGAAAUUUGCUUCUGAAAAGAAAGAAUUGCAAGAUGAGAUACGGCAUUUAAGAUUGGAAUUAGAGGAGACACGAAAUCGUAUUAGGUCCGAAAAAUCGCCCGGUUCAGUAUUAGGUUGUUUAUCAGAUUCUGAAGACGUGCAACGAGAAGCUAAUAAACUUCUGGCUGAUUACAAGUUCAAGUUACAAAAAGCAGAGCAAGAUAUGUCUACUUUACAAGCCACGGUAGCCAGGCUAGAAAGUCAAGUGAUACGUUACAAGUCAGCGGCAGAAGCCUCUGAAAAAGCAGAAGACGAAUUAAAAGUUGAAAAGAGAAAAUUACAAAGAGAAGUCAGAGAAACACAGGGCCGUGUAGAAGAAUUAGAAACAGCGAAUUCUCAUUUGCAAAGGAGAUUAGACAAACUUAAAAAUGCAAAGUCUGCUCUAUUGAAGGAGCUUUGACGGGACGAUUUCUUGGGAUCUGUACAAUGAGUCUGCCAUUUUCUUCUAUUCUGCAAAACCCGUGUGCCGAUGUUGCCUCGACAUAAAUAUUACUUAAUACAUUGAAUAUAAUUUAUACGAAUGAAACGUGCAUAGUAUCGUUACGCGACUUUACAUGAUUUUAAUUGAUUUUUAUGUACAAUACUAAACAAGUAUGAUGUCCUAAAAUGGUCACUCGUAAACGGCUUUUUGGGAACUCAUAUUUGCCUAAUAUACGGCACCUAAACUGCUGUAAAAGGAAGUCGUUGCUUUGUAUUCAACGACAAUAUAUUCGACACUAACCACUUUGCAUUUUUUGAUAAAAAAGAGGAGAGAAUAAUCUUCUAAAUGCAUUUUAGCAGCGAGGUUUUCAUCAAUUCGUGAGCAGUUAUGGAGUCGAUUUAUAAUUUGUACAUUAUUUGAAGUAAAAAGCUCACUCGUAUGUCAUAAAUAUACGGAUGGUUUUCCAAUGUCUUUUACGAGGCAAUACCUUUUAUGUUAUUUCAGUUUUUAUUUGAAAGAAAGGCGAUUGUUAGCGGAAGCUCAAGAUAUUACACUAAAGUAUCAACACGAAAUAGAAAUUGAUAUUUUAUGAUGUACGAGUUAGCGACGACAUGCGUAUGUCGAUGAGUGUAAUUUGUGUUACAUCGAAUAAUUUAUAAAUAUAUUUCUAAAGAUACAAGAUAUUUAUAACUUCUACGAGAAAUAUGUUAUAGUUAAAACUAGAUUUCGAAUGGAAGCAACCGAUCUACGAUCUUCAUUUUUUUACUAUCGACGAGGCGAACCAACUAAAUUUGAUAAACGUUUUUAAUUUUAUAAUGGUAUUCAUUGUAUCUGCGAUAAAUUAAUAUCAGAAUUUGUAUACUGAAUGAAACGCAUACAAUUUUGCUGGAGCCUAAUAUUUAUAUAAAAUUCUUACUAAUCGUAUUGCCAGAUUCAGUGUUCAACAUUUUUAAUAUAACAUUUUACACCUAAAUUGUCUCCAGAACUGAUACUUUUAUUCCCGGACUGAUACGAAGUAAAGAAAGUAGAUGUAUGAUAGUGUGCUCUUUGUACAUUCGAAAUAAAUUAAACUAUGUUGUUGAAGCUAUAUAAUAUUCUUGGUAUACAAAUUUUUUACACGGGGUGUACAAAAAUGUUGGAAUUAAACAUCAGGAGUAUGUAGUACUUGCCAAAAGAAAAUGAAGUCUGAGCGAAUAUGGUAUCCAAAUAUCAUUAGUUUUAAAGUUGCCAGAUGUCAUUAACUCUAAGUCUGUAACCGAAUAAGACUAUCUAAAUCGUAUUAAAAAGUCAUUAGAUUAAGUAAAGCAAACAGUACUAAUAGUACGUAGUCUGGAACUAUUGACAUUUGGACCUAUGUUUAUUAAGCCUUCCUCGUUUUGAUGAGUACUACAUUUGACAUCAACUUUUUGAACCCCCUGUAUAUUUUAUGUGAUAUAAAAAAACUGAAGCAACCAUUACCGUCUUGUCAGUAGUACCCAUAUUUAAAAGUAAACAAGGACAGAUAAUAAGUAUAAUGACUUUAUUUACCUCGUGUUUAGCUGUGCAAACCAUUUUCAAAGACAUAAUAAAUCUUUAAAUACUUA